AUGGCGUCCAGCCCGUCCAGCCCGCCCAGAAGCAAAGGUCCUACCUACCUUGUCAUUCCUGGGUCUCCGACUCCGAAUACACGGUCGAAAUCGCCAACAGUGCCCACCGUGUUGCCCUCGUCCAGUCCGCCAUCUCCCGCGCCACGCCCAGCUGUAGUUCGCGCGCAAUCGGCUGUUUCGGGCAGCUCGAUAGCUAUACCCUCGACACCAUUCUAUACCCCGCAGGUGUCAUCUGUAAAUGUGAACAACACGAAGCGUCUACUCUUGCCGACAGUACGCGCAGUGAGGCCAUCCGGGGCUUCUCCUCGUUCACCCACCAAGGCUUCUGCUAAACCUGGACGCGGUAGGGCAGGUUCCCUGUCCGUGAAUGUCUCUCCAGACCCACAGGAGCGCGUUCCUUCUGGCGCAUCAGACUGGCUUCCGGGCGGGGAGAAGUUCGAGGUUGUGGAAGAGCAGCUCGAACUAGAAGGCUUCCAGAUAUAUGCUGUAGAGAAGUGGGUGGUCGCGCGCAAACGGCCUAUUCUCGUACUCACAGUCUACACUGGCGACCCGAAGCACAAGAUCACGGUGACAGCGCUCAGCCUUCUUCCUUCGCUGUCCGCCGCGGACGCACAAGUGGCAUGGGACAGCGCUAUCCGCGCCCUUCGUAGAGAUGGCGCACGGCCGAAAGAGACAGACAAGGGCGUCCUCAUGGUCACAUCGUUGGCCAACUUCCGCUCGGACUACACAAUCGUGAAUGUGCCGUCUGGGAACUUCCUCGACGUUCGUGAACAGCUCUACACCAAUGUGAACUUAUUGCGGAUGGGCUGCGGUGGCCGGAGUGCAUUGACGUUAGAAGAGCCCAGUGACGCGACCAAGGACCGCUUCAUUGCGAUGUACCAUGUUACUGACAAGACGCCUGCACGCUCUGGUGCCCUCUUCAAUGCAACGGUGCUGGAGCUGGUCAAGUUAAUUCAAGCGUCAUUGGCCAUCUUCGGUAUGUUUGACCUCGCGCCGGAGAAGGAUGGGCUCUUGUGCGAUGUUACAUGCGAGGGCAUACAACAGUGGGUCUCGGUAAUCGGCGAGCCCUACCUGAAGGUCGAGCCGACCGAAAAGGUGGCAGAUCCGACCGUUGUCGCUGCGCUGUUCAGCUUGAUUUUGAGCACACGGAGCAAACUGCACGCGCUGGGCUUGGUCGUACCCAAGGAUCCGUUCCUGGACCCUUCAGGGUUUCUCAGGGGACUAGCGACCCUGCACACAUCGAAGGCGCACCCACACUCGCACGGCCAUCACCCCCAGUCGCACGCUUCCUCGCCCAUCUCCCCACCGACCUCGGCUGCGGCCUUCCCACCUUCAAUUGCGCAACCACCUGCCUUCAGUCCCAACUUGAGCGCCGUCUUCCUCACGCAGCCGCUCAUCGAGUUGAUACAGUCCCAAUACGAGAAAGUGCGCCAGAGCGAGUCAUACAAGGUCCACCGUGUACUGAAGAACAAACUCGAUGACCUUGCUACUGAUCUUCGGACACACGCGUCUGACGGCGGGGGCACGAACGCAAGUACGCUGAGCGUGACUGCUGACCUGUCAGCGUUUGUGCGGUGUGUCGUAAGUACGAAAGACGCUCCACAGAGCUUACGGUACCUCUGGACCGGCCGUCCAGGGCAUGCGGAGAAGAAACGGCGAGAGAAGGAGGCCGUGUGGAGCGAUGGCGAGCGCGAGCGAGAAGAUCGCGAGAAGGAGCGGGACGGUGAGAGAGAUGCCGUCAGGGAGAGCAAAGACAAGGAGGAGAGGGACAAGGAGCGGGACAGAGAACCGCGAUCAGGCGAUGAGGGUGACUUCGCUAAGCCCUGGUCGGGGCGGAUGCAACGCAAGAUCGAGAGCUGGGCUGCCUUGGGUAAAAGCAAGAAACUCAGCGUGGAUUUCGGGACCCUAGGGAAGGCGUUUAUGCCGGACUCGCCGCGAGGACUGUCCGAAAGGUCCGGCCAAUCCUCGAUGGUGCCGUCAGUCAUAAUCUCGAGGGAUCCUGGAGAGGAAGAGGAGGUCCUGAGCAGUGGCCAGCAGUCGCCUGUCUCUGAUGCCCCCAACCCGCUCAUGCUCGGAGUCGGGACGCUCCCCCACGCCGAGCGCUCUGCAAGUGAACUGUCCGAGUACGACCGUCGCGUCACCGAGUUCAACCAGAAACGGCCAUCGGUGAAAACACAAUCCCGCAUAACGAGCUGGUCGGACUCGCGCAGUGCCAGAGGCGUACUACACGACCAGUCCGCGAGGGAGCAUCGUCUCGGCGCAAGCCCUCUCAGCAGGGCCGACUCGACGGCCUCCUCUAUCGUCGAGGACGAAAGCAUGAACCUCACCGACGCCGCGGACCUCGACAAGAUGCGUCGUCGCCGCCUGCUUACAACAGGCGCCGACCGGCGGCGCAGCUUCGGCGACGCAGCCGAUCUCGUCGAUAGUCACAUCCUCCCGAUCGAGCGCAUGCGCAUUGACGUUGAGCUCUGCGGGCAGCUGCUCGUGAUGCGCCGGCGCGAGGCGCACCUCGCAAAUGUACUCGCAUGCCUCGCCGCCCUCGCAUCCCGCCUCGACGCGCAGAACGCGGCCCUUCGCGCGGACCACGAGAGUGUGCGCGGCGCACUCGCAGGCCUCGAUACGCGCGGCGGCGAGCUCCCGCUCCUCCAGGCGUUACGCACGGAGGCGGAGGCGCUCACGCAGGAGACGAACGCGCUCGCGUACGAAAGCGCACAGUUUCUCGUCGAGGACCUCUGGCACAUGGCCGCGCAACCACGGCAACGCGCGCUCGCACUGCGCGAGAAGAUAUUCGGGACGGGCAGGAGGCUCCCACAGGGUGUGCGGGGGGCGCAUGGACCGUUCAGCCGUAUACAGUGGACGGUGGACGGCAAGGAGCGCCUGGUGGACAGGCUGGGGCGUACGGAGAGCGAGGCUGAGGAGGAAGAGGACCUGCCGCCGCUGCCGGGGAUGGACCUGGCUGCGGAGGAGGAGGUGGAUGCCAUUGAGCACCAGAACCUGAAGCCCACCUGGCUGCUCCGCUUCUUCAACUACUGGGGCAGUAGGCUCGGCAUGGGUCGGGGAUCCCCAAGCGUACCGAACGGCGCAUUGGAUGGGCCGGCGACGCUGGAGCAGACUGAGAAGGCGGACACGGAGGGCGAGACGGAUGAGCUGCCCACUCCGUUGAGCGCGGCGAGCAGCUCUGUGGGGCUGCCUAGGGACGAUUCGCGGUCGCAGAUGUUGCAGCGGACAAUCACGACUUGA